AUGAUACUGCGAUGCUUUUUCAACCAGCAUCUUCUUCUAUGUUUAUCAGUAAAACCUGAAGUGAAGGUGACUCCAGAUCAGCGUGUGUUCAGAGGAGAGACAGUCACUCUCACAUGUGACAUACAGAGAGGAGGAAACAUUCAGUGGACAUACAGCUGGUUUAAAGAUGAUUCCGUCAUCAGAGACGUCACUGAGAGAGUCUACAGCAUCACAUCUGAUGAGUCUUACAGUGGUGGAUACAGCUCUUUACCCAGAUCUUCACUGACUGCGACUCCAAACGGUCCUGUAUUCACUGGAGAGAGAGUGAGUCUGAAGUGUGUGAUAAACUCUGAUCACAGUAACUGGAGAUAUGAGUGGUAUAAAGACAGCACUAAAGUGUCUGAGCGUCACACUGUAAACACUCUCACUAUUGAACGAUCUGAAACAUCUGAUGCGGGUUGGUACACGUGUAAAGGACACAUAGAUGGAAGAUCAGUCUCAUCACACUCAAGCUCUGUUUAUCUCUCAGUGAAGGAUUUACCCACAUCUUCACUGACUGUGACUCCAAACAGUCCUGUAUUCACUGGAGAGAGAGUGAGUCUGACGUGUGAGAUAAACUCUGAUCACAGUAACUGGAGAUAUGAGUGGUAUAAAUACAGCACUAAAGUGUCUAAACGUCACACUGUAAACACUCUCACUAUUGAACGAUCUGAAACAUCUGAUGUGGGUUGGUACACGUGUAAAGGACACAUAGAUGGAAGAUCAGUCUCAUCACACUCCAGCUCUCCUGUUUAUCUCUCAGUGAAGGCUUUACCCAGAUCUUCACUGACUGCGACUCCAAACGGUCCUGUAUUCACUGGAGAGAGAGUGAGUCUGAAGUGUGAGAUAAACUCUGAUCACAGUAACUGGAGAUAUGAGUGGUAUAAAGACAGCACUAAAGUGUCUGAGCGUCACACUGUAAACACUCUCACUAUUGAACGAUCUGAAACAUCUGAUGCGGGUCGGUACACGUGUAGAGGACACAUAGAUGGAAGAUCAGUCUCAUCACACUCAAGCUCUGUUUAUCUCUCAGUGAAGGAUUCACCCAGAUCUACACUGACUGUGAGACCAGACAGUCCUGUAUUCACUGGAGAGACAGUCAAUCUGAAGUGUGUGAUUGAGUCUCACAGUGACUGGAGAUGGAGAAAUGGCCUGACAUAUUACCAGUCGUCUGACUGGAGAUAUUACCAGACAUAUGAGUGGAGAUAUGAGUGGUAUAAAGGCAGAUACAGUGUAAUGUUACAGGCGUCUAAGCGUUACACUGUAAACAGAGACACUCUCACUAUCAGAGGAGUAACUACAUCUGAUCAGGAUCAGUACUGGUGUAGAGGACAGAGAGAUAAAAGACCAAAAUCAUCACACUCAAGCUCUGUUUCUCUCAAUGUGACGG